AUGAUGAAACAAAUGAAACAUAACCUCUUUAUUCUACCGAAAAAGCAUCUCCAUGAUAAUAAUAAUGAACAAUGCUUAUGUUUUAUUCGACGUGGAUUCAUAAAGUUUUUUUCCGUAACUAACACCUUUUUGGUGACUGGUGAACGUUCACUGCAAACAUGGAGUCAAUAUCAGUUAAAAUUGAACUUGAUUUUCAAAGUUAACUAG